GAACAAAUUUUGAAGGCCAACAGACACACGGACGCUGUCAAAUGUCAUGAUAUAUUCAUUAGUACAAUAAAUUGAGGAUUUAUCCAGUGAAUAAGGAUUAUAAUUAUAAACGUAUCGUAACAGUCUACUAUAUAAUCCUCCCAAUGAGUAAUAGGCCAAAAUUAUUCCGCUAACGCUGUUUAUCACAGCACAAUACAGAUGUAGCGACCUUGUGAUCAGAAACUACGAUUUAUGUUUAUAUACAUGUCUUAUGGUGUUUUGUGUAACACGCUUGUGUGAAAACAAACAUGCAGUCGCCUACAAGUCCUCGCAAGAAACUUAAAAAUCAAUUUCAAGAAGCUACCAUCAAUCCAAAAACUUCGAUCACAUGUUCAAAUGUCCCUGAUUGCUUAUUUGAUGCCACCACGGCAAAGAAGCACUUCAGCAAGUUUGGACGUGUGCAGAAGAUCCGGCUGUUCCCGAAGCGGCACAUGUGUAUCAUAGACUAUGACCAGCCGAGCUCUGCUGAGCGUGCCGUGCUCAAUGCAGGAGCUUAUGAUGGCUUCAUGUUUGAUGUCACUCGCAGUAAGGCUAGGGUGCGGAGACGCAGUGUUAAAACAGAGAAUGAUCCUGAUUGGGUGCCAGACUCUGAUGUUGAAGAGGAGCUGUCUGCCAUGGGAGGAACCCCAACCUACAGAAUCACACGUCAAAACACCAUGGAUGUGGAACCUGAUUCAAAACCUGUAGAGCCACAAAUCAAGUUGAAGAUGCCACCUGCAAGAGUUAUGAGACCAUCGCAAAUGAAGAAAAAGGCUCCAGUUAGAGUGAAAAAGCCUCCAGUUGUACAGUCUGCUAGUGUUAUGGAGGAUCCAGUUGUGAUCACAACUACACAGACAACUCUAAGCACUUCGGAGGCAGCAUUAGAACUGCAUCAACUUCGAUCAAAGGUUUCCGUUACUCCUGAUGAGAAAUGGCGAAUACUUGAUGCGAGAGACAGAAUUUUAAGAGCGUGGGGAGGCGCUGGUUCGCGGAUAAAAGUUGGAGGUGCUACUAUAGGCACCUGUCAGGAUAUGUGCCCAGAAAAAGAGCUGUUACACAGACAAGCAGAACACCAGGUGAUGACAUUGGAGACGGUAGUGGAGUCAGACGGCGAGCUGGAGGCGUGGCGCGCGGUGAAGCAGUACAGCCGCAGCUCGGCCGACCAGGAGAUCCCCAUGUGCUACGAGCUGCGACCCGCCGCCGUGCUCAUGCGGACCUGCGCGUACCUGCUGCACGAGGUCGCAGACACCAAGCGACAGGUUUCGCUGGCAGAUUGGUUCCAUUUCAUGUGGGACCGUUUUCGUGGUAUCAGGAAAGACAUAACGCAGCAGGCCCUGUGUUGCGCAGAGUCUAUUUACUUGGUCGAAGCAUGCGCGAGGUUUCAUGCGCACUGUGCCGCGCGGCUGGCCGACCUCGAACACACUCAGUUCGACCAAAAGUUGAACACGGAUAAUCUUACCAAAUGUCUUCAAACAUUAAAGCAUAUGUAUUCAGAUGUUACGCCAGAACAAAAGCCAAGGGAGGCAGAAUUCAGAGGAUAUGUUGCUUUACUUAAUCUUGGUGAUGCUAAUUUUUGGUGGGAGAUCAAGCAGCUGCCCAUUGAAAUACAGAAGUCGGAGCCAAUAAUUUUCGCUAUAAAGGUAUUCAACGCGAUCGACAAUAAUAACUACGUAAGGUUCUUCCGAUUAGUCGCGGAACAGGCCACCUACCUUCAGGCGUGUAUACUUCUGCGGUAUUUCAACGAUGUUCGCGCUCGAGCUCUCGCUAGAAUAGUCAAAGCCUAUGCGCCCAGAGGAGGCUCAAGAUUCCCUGCAGAAGAUGUAAUGAAAUCACUUGCCUUCGAAUCAGUUGAGAAUUUAAAGUCAUUUAUCAACCAUUAUGGUCUUCGAUUUGCAAGAACUGAUGAUUCUGAUGACGAGUUAUCGAUUAUAUUAGAUCGGAAUCAGUUUAUCGAGGAUAGCGAUCCUUACCCAACUGCCAGAGCUGUGCAACUUAUCGAAUCUAAAAGAAAAGCCUCUGUUGGCGAAACAAUUGCAGGCGGUCAUCUCCCCGAUGCUGGAUUCAGUCGACACAAUUUAUACACUAGUUUUGGCACAGAUGGUAGAUUAAAACAAAGUGCCUUAACUGCCGAAGAUCAAGGAUAUAAUACAUUAAACGAUAGCAAUAAAGACAUAAAUGCAUUAAAAACAGAGAUUCAGAAGAUAUCGCAAGGUGGAAAGCCCACCUUGAUCGAUAGAACAGUGGAAACCAAAGCGAAUGUUUUCGCAAAGCCGGCUGUACCAAGUUUGCCGAAAAUACCACAGAAAUUUCCUAUUCCCACCGAACCUGCUCUGCCGAAGCUGCCAGGAGAAACAAAAGUAUUUUCAUUUACACCAGCUAUUACUGUAGCACCGACAGAUAUUAUUAAAAACUCGCCAGAAAAAAUAUCCAGUGAAGAUACAAAAAAUAUUUUCUCAUUUUCUAAACCACAAUCACCCAUAGCAUCCAGCAUAUUUACAGGACAAGAAAAAGUCAAAAGGCUUUUCGAAAACUCGGCACCGGGAUCUAAUAAUAUAUUUGCAAAGCCAAGUGAUAAGGUUUUGAAUUCAAAUCCACUAUUUAUGCCUCCGAAAGCCGGUGAUAACAUAUUUAAGAAACCAGAUGCUUCAUCUGUUUUUGCGCAACCUUCUUUACCUAAAUCGGGGAAAGGCAUCUUUGGAGCUGUGCCUACAAAUAAUCAAAACGUUUUUGCAGUAAAAGAAGACAGUAAGGUUCCAAACCAAGAAAGUAAGAGUAUAUUUACAGGUGCUAAUAACGAUUUAUUUUCAAAACCUGAUAGUACAAAUACUUUUACGAAGGGUGGAAAUAUUUUUGCAAAACCAUCUCAGCCCGAAACUGGAACGAAGCCGCCACCUAAUAUAUUCAGCGGAUUUGCUCCAGUGGAGGGUAACAACUUGUUUAAAAAAUCUGCUAAUGUUGACAACCAAGGAAAGUCUCAAUCUAUUUUCUCAAAUGGUGAUAUUGCGGGCAACAAGUUAGCGCCAGCAAUCUUCUCACAAAACCCUUUGCAAUCCAAUGGCACUGAUUCGAAAAGUUACUCAAUAUUCGAUAGCAAAAAUAAAGCGCAAACAGUUGCUGACAAUAUAUUCAAUUCAGUAUCAGCCCCAAAAAUCCCGUCUGUUUACGAUUUUACUGAAGAUGAAGAUGUCGAUCAGGUACAAAAACAAGCUAGUUCUGCAGCUCUAAAGGAAGAACAAGCAAGAGAGAUGCAAAAAAUGUUGGAAGAGAGUAAAAGAAAGAAAGAAGAAUUAAGACGACAGGAGGAACAAAGACGACAAGAGGAACUAAGGUACCAAGCAGAAAUCAAACGCAAGGAGGAGGCUCUUAAAAAACAAAAAGAACUGCAGGAAAAAUUACUGGAAGAAACACGCAGGAAAGAGGAGAUAAGGAAACAAGAAGAACUGAAGAAAAAAUUAGAAGAAGAAAAGAAAGCUGAAAUUAAGCGCAAAGCAGAAGAUGAGAGGCAAUUUAGGGAAAGAGUUGAAAGUGAAUCUAUGCAGCUGGUUGAAGAAAUAAUCGAUGAGAUUAAUAAUUCGACUGUGAAGGAUACAAUGACAGAAGAAGUUGAGAAGUUUAACAAUUUAAUGGAGUUCGCUAAAACAGUAACAGAUGAAAUAUUAUUGAAUAUAACCAGUGAGAUUUGUGAAUCUGAAUUGAUGGCCGAAGCGUUUUGGACCCGGAAAAUAAUGAAGAAAUGGUUCAACAUUUGGAAGAGUCAAUACACAAGAAAUAUUAAAAGACGCAGCCUCUUGGAAGAUACUCCGGUUUGGAUUACUAGUAAGACGCCAAUGGAAGAAGCAUCUUUAUUAAGAAGGUUUGUUGAAAAUGCUGCUUUAAGAAAUAUGAAAUCCGUUCAUAAGGGGUAUAAAUUUACUGGGGAACUGAAACAGUUACCCACUCCAGAACCCUACAAUAUAAUGGAAAUCAUACGAUCACCAUUGUUAAGGCGCAUGAAACAAAUAAGCUAUCCCUAUGAUAAAUGUUUCUUUUGGAAAGUUACCUUAGUUUCUCCAGGGGCUACGAAAUGGCUACACAAAAAGAUAAACGUCGAAAACUGGUUGCAAGACGCUUUCAGUGAUAAAAAACAGCAUGAAGUUUCUACCACUCUAAUACAUGUCGGCAAACAAUCUUGGAACCAUUUGAUGGACUUCGCUAUAUCUGUCAGUUUAACUAGUAAAGAAAAGAAAAUGAAUGGCAAUGAAGCGCUCGAAGGUGCAAACGCUGUUUUGUUUUACGCGACUGAAAAUGAUGGAGAUUUAGCAGAUACGAUAGAAGAAACACUAAAAUACAAAUAUCCGAAUCAAGUGAUACCCGUAGCAGUCAUCAUUCCAAAGUCAGAGCACAUACAGGUACUUGUGGAAAAUCUUCUUGCAAACCUUGUCACUAAGAAUGUAAUAUCGGCGUACAGAACCUUCGUAAUAGAUGCACAGAAUGUAUGUGAGUCAUUAAAUGUGUGUUCUAAGAGUGCCAUGAAAUGGUUGGCGAAAAAGUACCCAGUACUACCGCCUCUAGAAAUUGAUUACUUAAAAUCAAUUUGCCAAAGAUACCUUGGAAAUGAAAUUUGGUGUAGAUUGCGGUCGGAGCAAGAUAACCGCAUGAAAGCCGUUUUAAGAGAUUUAUAUAAAUUAAUUAAGUGUUACAACACAGCAGUGGAUAAGUUAACUGAUGUUAUAACGAAUGAAGAAUUGUUUAACUAUUCUUCGUUCCCAUUGGAAUUUCAAACAUAUUUGGACAGCGCGUCUCCUUAUCCUAAACCGUACGAGUUUAUCCCGAGCAGCGUUAAAACUUCUGAUAAUGUGUCGGCGAUAAAAAGGAUCAUGAGUAAUCUUAAGUUACCAGAUCCUUCAUCAGACUUUAACCCAGUAAAUGCCAUCAGCAUGCAGCAACAGAUCAGCAGCUAUUGUAACCAGAUAGGAUGGUUUGAAAAUCCUGAAGAAGUGGUCUGUAAAGUAGUUGCUGUGCUACCGCAUGAACUGUCAAAUGUAAGCAUGCCCGGUGAGGAGUUCAAUAAAUAUUUUGCUCAUUACAACCUUGUAGAUCUUAUGAAUAUAAUAGUUUAUGAAAAGAUUAAUAGACUGAAACAUUUUGAGAAUCGUUUUGCAGUAUAUGAUAAGUCCGUUUUAGAAGAUUAUCGAAAUGCUCUGUGGCUGUAUGAAGUUUCUGUUAUAAAUGAAAUGAAACACAAAGCUUUAGAAACUGAAGACGAUAUUGAUUUCUUCAUAGAAGCAAAGCGUCGAAAACUUCAAAUUGAUUCCUUAGAAUAUCUCAUGCUAGAAGACAUGGAUCGCACAUUAGUAGAUGAAAGUUUGAAAGAAAAAGAUGAGAACAUAUCUAAAUACAGCAACUGUGCUGAAGCUGUGAAACAGCUUGAAGAACAAAUAGAAGAAGGAAAACAAAAAUCUUUGGAAUUUGAAAAUUUACUAAGAGCUGCUUUAGGUGAAUUCUAGGUGAAUGUAAUUAGUAUUUUUGUAUUAAUAAAUCAAAUGGUUUUGUUAAUUAAUAAAAUUGAAUUUUUUGUA